AUGGCAAUAAAUCUCUUCCAUCAAAACAUGGCGGAGGGUGGGUUCGAGCUGGGGGUGGUCUCCGAACCGUACCGAAUACUGGAGGACCACCCCAAUUGGUUCACAGACCCAACGAAAAAAAGGGUCGCCAUUUUUUGGAGACCCCCGAAGGACUCCCGCCCGUGCUCCAAGAUAGGAGACGGGCCCGGUUUUGUGGUAGUCGAGUGGGGGGACUGGUUCGUCCUGGGGUGUUACGCCCCACCUAAUUGGAAGCUCCCCGCCUUUAAAAUCUUUCUAUCGGAGCUGGGGGACUGCGUACGCAGAUGCCUCCCCCGGCCCACAAUAGUCGCGGGUGACUUCAACGCGUGGUCCACGUUAUGGGGUUCCUCGCAAACCAACGGGAAGGGUGGGGAGUUGGUGGACUGGGCGGCGGCACUCGGCCUGUGCGUCCUGAACACAGGUUCGAGGAGCACCUGCGUGCGUACCGGGGGGGAGUCCAUUGUGGAUCUCACGUGGGCUUCCCCGUCUGCCGCGCGCAGGGUCUCGGGUUGGUUGGUGGACGAAGACCUGGAAUCGGGGUCCGAUCACAGGUACAUUGUGAUCGAGGCCUCGACCACCCCCACCGGACAGCUCAGCCGUCGUCGGCGUAACACCCGAAAAGCAUGGGUCCUCAGAAAGUUAAAUGAGGACAUCCUGAUGGCGGUCAUUCUGGUGAAAACCUGGCCAAUACCAUCCGGCCAGGUCGUGGACCUGGAUGAAGAGGCCACGAGGAUCGUGAGCAUGGUUAAUGACGCGUGUGAAGCGUCUAUGCCGCGAUCCAAAUGGUCCCCUGGUAAGGCGAUGUACUGGUGGACCGAGGAGAUCGCCGAUCUUAGGCGUUCCUCCUCGGCCGCCAGACGUAUAUUCCUGCGCGUGCGCAGAAGGGGGGACCACACUAGAAUGACGGAAGCUCUGGAGGGGUUUCGUGCCGCACGAAACGCCCUGCGAGCCGCCAUCAGGAAGGAGAAGGCCAGGGCUUGGGAGGAGCUGACCUCCACCCUGGACCGGGAUCCGUGGGGGCGACCCUUUAGACUGGUGCUCAGGAAGCUGAGACCAAGGGCGCCCCUCACUGCGGAAAGACUAAAGCCGGCAAUCCUCGGGAACGUUAUAGACACGUUGUUCCCCGUGGGAGAGAUAAACAUUCCUCCCCCUACGAUCGGGGAGACGUGGCCCGAGGAACCGGCAGUCUCGGUGGACGAAAUGACCGCGGUGCGGGCUAGGCUUGGUGGUGCCGCUAAAGCACCAGGACCCGACGGAAUACCCGGCAGGGCCUAG